UCUAUGGAGAUGCUAGAGUCACCAGUCGAGCCCCAAAGAAGAAGACUCAACCGCCUUACAAAACGGUCAAUACCCGCGCAAAACUCACUCCCGGGUCGGAUCUCCCGUUCAAACCCCCAACCGGAUCCAUCCCUGACCGAGAUCAAGUUUCGCGAUUCUUCUCAAGACAAAUCGAAUAAAGACAGGAACUUUCAUUUCAAUGGAGAGAAGUGAUUCUGGCGAUGUAGAUGUACAGGCAUCUGCUUAUUUACAAACCGAUGAGACCCACGAAAGAGAUGAAGCUGACCAUGAUGCAGUUUUUACUCAAAACGAACAAAGAAAGAGUGAACACCAAGAAGAAGAGUUUGUUGAGGGGAAAGAGUUUGAUGCUCCAGCAGUUGGCAUGGAGUUUGAUUCAUACGACGAUGCUUACAACUACUACAACUGCUACGCUAACGAAGUUGGGUUUCGUGUAAGAGUGAAGAACUCGUGGUUCAAGCGUCGCAGCAAAGAGAAGUACGGCGCGGUGCUUUGCUGCAGCAGCCAAGGCUUCAAGAGGGUGAACGAUGCGAACCGCGUAAGGAAAGAGACGCGAACCGGUUGUCCUGCGAUGGUGAGAAUGAGGCAGGUUGAUUCCAAGAGGUGGAGGGUGCUUGAAGUCACGCUUGACCAUAACCAUUCGCUAGGUUAUAAAUCUGUUAAAAGGACUGGGACCAAGAGGAAGUGCGCAGACUCAUCUAUUAAGCUUUACAAGGCUCGUGUGAUGGAUGUUGGAAACAGUGUGAACACAAACUCGACUCUGAAGAAACAGUUUCAGAGCUCUUCACCUGAUGUGCUCAACCUUAGAAGAGGAGACUCAUCAGCUAUCUACAACUACUUUUGCCGUAUGCAGUUGACAAACCCAAACUUCUUCUACCUGAUGGAUAUAAACGAUGAAGGUCAGCUAAGGAACGUGUUCUGGGCAGAUGGUUUCUCUAGAGUUUCUUGCAGUUACUUCAACGACGUCGCUUUCAUCGACAACGCUUAUAUCUCCGGAAAAUUCGAGAUUCCUCUUGUGACAUUAGUGGGAGUGAAUCACCAUGGGCAAACUACGUUGCUUGGAUGCGGCCUUCUCGCUGGAGAGACGGUAGAGUCUUACCACUGGUUACUCAAAGUGUGGUUCGGUCUCAUGAAGUGUUCUCCUCAGACAAUUGUCACAGACAGAUGCAAGCCUUUGGAGGCUGCGGUCUCCCAAGUGUUCCCGAGAUCUCAUCACAGGUUCAGUGUGGCGCAUAUAAUGAGGAAAGUCCCGGAGAAGCUAGGUGGGUUGGUUAGCUACGAUGGUGUGAGGAAGGCUUUCACGAAAGCAGUGUCUGAAACGUUGAAGGUUGUGGACUUUGAAGCAGCUUGGGGGUUUAUGGUUCACAGCUUCGGUGUUGUCGACAACGAAUGGCUACGUUCCUUGUACGAAGACCGAGCUAGAUGGGCUCCUGUUUAUCUCACUGACACGUUCUUCGCCGGACUCGCUACUUGUCGUCCUGGAGAGAGUUUGAAUCCCUUUUUCGAGAGGUACGUUCAUAAGCAGACACCGUUGAAAGAGUUUCUUGAUAAGUACGAGUUAGCUCUUCAUAGGAAGCACAGGGAAGAGACUCUAGCUGAGUCAGAGUCUCUCACCUUGAAAACAAAGUGUUCUUUCGAGACGCAACUCUCGAGAGUCUACACUAGAGAGAUGUUCAAGAAGUUCCAGGUAGAGGUGGAGGAGAUGUACUCGUGUUUCAGCACGACGCAGGUCCACGUAGACGGGCCUUUGGUGAUCUUUUUAGUUAAAGAACGGGUCCAGGGAGAAUCCAACAGAAGAGAAGUUCGAGAUUUCGAGGUCCUGUACAAUAGGUCGGUGGGGGAAGUACGGUGCAUCUGUAGCUGCUUCAACUUCUAUGGAUACUUGUGCAGACAUGCUCUAUGUGUUCUCAACUUCAAUGGCGUUGAAGAGAUCCCUCUGAGGUAUGUUCUACCACGGUGGAGAAAAGACUACAAACGUGUCCACGCUGCUGAUAAUGGUUUCGUGGAUGGCGCGGACCGGGUUCAAAGGUUUGAUCAGUUGUAUAAAGGGGCUCUUGGGGUAGUUGAAGAAGGAGCGGUUUCUUUGGAUCGUUAUAAAGUGGCGAUGCAAGUUCUUGAACAGUCUUUGGAUAGAGUUCAUAGUGUGGAAGAAAAGCAAGAGUAGUGUUUAUAGAAGAAGGGGUUUGUGAAACUUAUAUAUUUGUAUAUAGAAAACUAUUUGUUAUUUCUUUUGAUGUAAGAGAACUGUAAUAAUAUUUGCCAAGAGGCAUAAAGCCAAAAGUAAUGCAAAUAGGUAGACUGUAACAUUGAACGUUUUAAGUCUAACACAUCCAUGAUUUUGUAAGUAUUGUGAGUUGGACUAAAUGGUUAUGAAUGUGUAUAUAA